AUGGUUCAAACAUUCGAUCGCAGGAAAUGCGAUCAAAUCAGUUUUGGCCCGAAAGAUGCUCCGGAAUAUGCGGCAGGUUCUAUCAGACGAGGUGACAUUUCGGCGCCUUGCCGGGCAGGCAGAUGCGCCCGGAGUACAGAAGGUGAGGACAAAGGCUGUAAAGACGAGCAUGUUUUGAUCACCGCCUUGGAGUCCAAACAGGCUGAUGUGCAAAAAGGCCUAAGUUCAACUUGA